UGUAACCACACCGUUUGCCAGCAGUGUACCAGCGACGUGUAAUACGGCCAGUAAGUUGUUAUACGAUAUUUUACCAAUUAUUGUUGUUGUUGUUGUAACUGUUAUCAUCGCCAUAGUUGUUAUCGUUGUUUAAAUAUAUAUUAUUCAGUUAAAAUAUUAUAACAAUACUUAUACGUACGCGCACCGUCCGCUUGUACCGCCGUAAAAUUAUCACGGGUCAUAUUAUUUAUCAUAAUAUAAUAUCUUGGGAACGAUGUACCCGUCGAUGAGAAAAAUGUAACUACUCGUUACCCGUAAACCGACCGCGGGAGACAAACAGCCGACUUUCGAACUUGGCUUCGAGCACUGCAUACCUGACGUAGUAAACAAUUCUACUGGAAACGUCGCGCGCGAAGAUCGGCGGUUGCCGUACGCCGUAUCGUCCUAUUGCAGCUGCUGCCGCCACUCACGAACGUGUGUCUGCUAGGUAUAUCGUAUUAUAAAUGAUAAUCAACGUACGGACAGUUGACAUGGCUAAUAUGGAUGCUAAAAAAGUAGACGAAUGGACGUGGAGCAAAUUGGACAGCUGAAUGACACCGACUGCGGAUUUGUGUGUGAGGCUGGCUAAGAAGCGUCGGGAAACACCAUGUGGUUUGGCGUAAAAUGGCUGAUCCAAAUAAGAGUAAAGCGUUGUAUUCGUCCGGGGUGGCAUUCCUAGGGUUCGCGUGUUUUGCACUAGCCGCCACUGCCAUUGGGUUGCCGUUAUGGGGUUACUACGAAAAUCCUCAAGCCGAAAUCGGGACUUCAGGAAUCGAUCGUGGUUAUUUUGGACCAUGGCAAAUGUGCAAACAAUCGUACUAUGGACGAACGAAAUGUGGAGACUCUAUAUCCAGAUUUCAUCCUGUGGAAACGGUGAAGGUAGCCGGAUAUUUUGCCAUAGCGGGCACACUGAGUUUGGCCGUAUUUUGCAUCCUGAGCAUAGUGCAAUUAGCCAUGGUGGUAUCAAAGGAAAAAGUCGUAUUUGCCUAUAGCAAGACCGUGGUUACCAAAUUGGUGUUUGCAUUCGCAGCAACUCUGCUGGCAAUCAUCGCGGCCGGGUUAUUCGCUCUUCAAACCGACGACAAAGACAAUAGCUACCAAGUGACCCGAGGGGAAUCGUUUUAUAUGCAGAUUGGCUUAAUUAUAUUGAACUUUUUACUAUUCGUGGCUGCAAUAUAUGAUUUAAUAUUUUCCCGUCGCUUGGGCGGUGAUCCGACCAUCAGUAACCGUGAUCCAUCUGGUGUCGAAGCUACUACAUUCAAUAAUCCUGCCUUUAAGGAGAAGAGGUCAAUGAAUCCAAGAGGUGGAGGAGGAGUUGGCGUCGGUGGCAGUGGUAAAAUAUCGGUGACAGACGCCAGCGGAAAGCCGUACUUGAGCGGCACGACCAACGGCAGUACGAUGUCGAUGACCACUACCCUUAGCUCAAAUGGUUCGUCGAUAACACCAGUGAUCCGCAGCCCAUUGCGGUCGAGUCUAAAGAAGCCACGGUCGGCUAACGGAAACGGGACCGGAGGAAGCGUUGGCGGUCUGGGCAUACAAAAUCCCGGUUUCAGCGGCACGUCGCCGACUCUGUCCCGGAACGGGAGCGUGAAAAAAGUUCGGAUACAGACCCAGAGUACGGCCGUGUAAGACCGAGAAAUCGAUACGCAUCGACUUGACGGAAUAAAAUAUUAAUACAUAAGUAGUCCAAAAACGAAGGAAAAACAUAUUCUGGCGAAUAUUUCUUACAACGAUUCUCGUUAUCGUUGGCAUACAGAGAACUCGCGGGAUGGUUUUGACUUUCGAGGGUUGUACUCACAUCAUACCAAUCACUGUAUAAUUAUAAUAUAAUAUAGUUGUAUACGUCUUGUGAUUUAAUUAUACAUAUUAUACGUAUAAUACAUUAUACAAUAUGUAAGAUACUAAUCACAAUAAUAUCAAAACGACGAGGCAACAUUGUUAACAGUUGUAUUGCAGUGAUAAACGCGAUGCGCAUAUCAAUAUUAUUUUAAGACAUUGUUUACGAGGGUAAAAUAUAAUAUUAUAUGGCAACGAGCGUCUAGUUGACGUACGCGCGCACACACUAUUAUUAUUAUUUUAUUUUUUAAGAUACGUCAUAUUUUACGCGCACCCGUUUCAUCAUCAUCAUUAUUAUUAUUAUUAUUGUUAUUAUUUUAUUUUUCGUUUCGUUUGGAAUUUAGUUGUUAUUUAAUCAAAAUUUUUUAUUAUUUUUACGCAUUUAAUAUAUUUAUUUUAUAGUAUUGUGCCAAUGUUGGUUCAACGAACGUGUACUGUAGUAUAUAAUAUUAAAUAGAAAAUAAUAAUUUAAAAAUUAAAUAGUUUUUUUCACUUAUCCUUCUAGAAUAGCGCCGUGUUAUUGAAAUUUACGGCAAAGCUUAAUACAUUAUUUGUUUAUUCUCCAUUGCUUGCAUCGAAAUACCUUUGUUUUCAUCGGCGAAGAUCAUAAUAUUCAUUAUUCGUUCAUUUUCAUUAUUAAAACGAUUAUUUUAAAAUUCAGUUA